CGCCCCCUUGCCCCUUCCCUGUUACUCCAUCCUGUGCUGCUCACCCGGUACAGACGGGCUCUCCUCCGGUGGCUGCAGCUGCCCCGUCCCGGCCUCGUCCUCCUGUCACCGCCAUAGCUGCAGCUCAGCUGGAAAUCUGAAAUCAUUACAGUAAGGACAGAAAGAUUAGAAAAUACAAGCGACUUGUGUAUUUGGUGAUGUCAUCAUAGAGGGUCUCCAGACCACCAAUUAUCCCACUGAGCAACGUACAGGUAGUACUAGUGGUAAUCAGUGCAGGUUCAGUCUCCAUCAUGUUGUCCAGACUGAGAGUUGCAGUGAGGUCGGGUGCUCUGCUCCGCCGUGCCGUUCACACCAAGGAAAAGGGGAAGGCUCUGCUGCUCAAUCCAAGGACGAACAAGGGAAUGGGCUUCACCUUACAAGAAAGACAGAUCCUUGGCCUACAAGGCCUUCUUCCUUCCAAGAUCGAGACCCAGGACAUUCAAGCUGCCAGAUUUCACAAGAACCUGAACAAAAUGGAAGAUCCACUGGAAAAGUACAUCUACAUAAUGGGCAUCCAGGAGAGAAAUGAGAAGCUUUUCUACAGGAUAUUACUGGAUGACAUAGAGCGGUUGAUGCCCAUCGUGUACACCCCCACCGUUGGGUUGGCCUGCUCACAAUAUGGGCAUAUCUUUCGGAGACCAAAGGGUGUGUAUAUUUCCAUCUUUGAUAAAGGACAUAUCAGAUCCAUCCUGGAUAACUGGCCAGAGACAGAUGUUAAGGCAGUUGUGGUAACAGAUGGAGAGAGGAUAUUGGGCCUUGGGGACCUCGGAGUGUAUGGAAUGGGAAUUCCUGUAGGAAAGCUGUGUCUGUAUACAGCCUGUGCGGGUAUCCGGCCUCAGAAAUGUCUCCCAGUGGUCAUCGAUGUCGGCACAGAUAAUCCCACACUGCUGAAGGAUCCGUUUUACAUGGGACUGUACCAGAAGAGAGACAGGACUCAGCUUUAUGACGAUCUGAUUGACGAGUUCAUGGACGCUGUUACGGAUAGAUAUGGCCAGAAUACUCUCAUCCAGUUUGAAGACUUCGGGAACCACAAUGCCUUCAGAUUCCUGAGAAAAUACAGAGAAAAAUACUGCACUUUCAAUGACGACAUUCAAGGCACAGCCUCUGUGGCGCUGGCUGGACUCCUCGCAACGCAGCAGGUGCUUGGAAAACCUAUCACAGAGCAGAGAGUUCUCUUCCUUGGGGCAGGAGAGGCUGCUCUGGGCAUUGCUAACCUCAUUGUCAUGGCUAUGAUGGAGAAUGGUAUUUCAGCAGAGGCCGCGCGAGAAAAGAUCUGGAUGUUUGACAAGUUUGGAUUACUAGUGCAGGGCCGUGAAGAAGUUGCAGAUGGCAACCAGGAAUCUUUUGCACAUCUUCCUCCUGAUCAGACCGUGAAAACCUUUCUGGAUGCAGUCAAUGUUCUGAAGCCAACUGCAAUCAUAGGAGUUGCUGGAGCUGGACGACUCUUCACAGAAGAUGUUAUUAGAGCAAUGAGUGCAAUUAACGUGAGGCCGAUCAUCUUCGCUCUUAGUAAUCCGACCGCGAAGGCCGAGUGCACGGCAGACGAAGCCUAUACCUGGACGGAGGGACGCUGUCUCUUUGCCAGUGGCAGCCCAUUCGAUACAGUGACUUUAAGUGAUAGCCGUACCUUUAAGCCAGGACAGGGAAACAAUGCCUACAUCUUUCCAGGUGUCGCUCUCGCGGUUAUCCUGAGCGGAGUCCGUCACAUAAGUGAUCGCGUCUUCCUUGAAGCUGCAAAGGCUCUCGCAGAACAGUUAACUGCUGAAGAGCUGGCUCAAGGGCGUCUGUAUCCACCGCUGUCCAACAUCAGAGAGGUCUCCAUAUAUAUCGCUGUCAAAGUGAUGGAAUUUGUAUAUCGAAAUGGCAUGGCCUUCCAGUACCCUGAGCCUCUGGAUAAGAACACAUACAUUCGCUCUAAAGUAUGGAGCACGGACUAUGACUCUUUCCUACCCGAUGUCUACGACUGGCCUGAUUUGACAAAGACCUUUGAAGACAUUUGGAUAUCAGCGACGCGGCAGAAAUAGAGAUUUCUCAAACACUUAAUUCCUAUUCAUUGACAAACUCCUAUCUCCGUGGAGUGCCUUUUUAACAUAUCUAUAGAUGUGUAUUUGUCUCUAUUGCAUUCAAUUACAAGAAUAAAAAAAAUAGUCA